CGUGUUUCUCUUGGAAACCACAACAGCUGUUUUCAGGUUUUAACCAACAUGUUUCCUUUCGCUGUUCUAUGUUUCCUGCUCGUCCUGCCACUCUCUGCCUCUGAAGAGCCAGAUGAGUUAACGGUGAAGCCCGAGCAGGACGUUACUCUCGGCUGUCGGGCUCUCUCAGACGACCUCGUCACUCUGCUGGAGUGGAACAGACGAGACCUGAAGGACGACGGCUACGUCUUCUUCUACAGGAACCAGCGCCCCUACGAGAAGUACCAGCACCCACGUUACCGGGGCCGGGUGGAGCUGAGAGACCCGGAGAUGAUGCAUGGAGACGUCUCCGUCAUUCUGAAGAACGUCACCGUCAACGACACCGGGACGUACGACUGCCGAGUCAUAAUCGCCGGGGGCAACCAGAGCAGGCAGCUCAUCAACCUGACUGUCGCCGACUCUGAUCACCCAACUGGACAGGAGGGCAGACUCAGACUCGUGGUCUGUCUGUCAAUUACUGCAGGCAUUCUUGUUAUUCUUCUUCUUCUUUCUGUCUCUGUGUAUUAUAUCAUGUAUAAAAAUCCUUCAUACAAAGCUGCGGCCGCUGAAAGCACCGAGGUGACCUGAGUGUCUGAGUCCUCCGUCUGAAAGAAUCAACGGUUUAGAAAAGACCAAUCUGUUCAAUAAGAGUUAAGCUUGUAGAAAUGAUGAUGCAGCCGUUAGCACACUCAUAUCAGCCAUUUGUGAUUUUCAUAAUAUUCAAUCACACCUUUGACUUCUCAAGCUUCAGCCUCUGAAAACUGGAAUGUGUUCUACAAUCUGUAAUGAAAGCUCACUAAUGUUCUCCUGACAGUUAAAUAAGCUUGUUAAUGUUCUCCUGACUGUUAAAUAAGCUCGUUAAUGUUGUUUGUUUCUCUGACAAAGAUCUAAAUAGAUUGAUUAGACAGAUAAUUCAAUGUAUAGAAAUGUUCUUUAUGUUUCACUUUCUCCACUUUAAAUCUAUGUUCUUAUGUUGCACAGCACUUCAUUUCAUCUCUUGACUUUUGUUCUAUGAAUAAAUAUGUUAAGAUUG